AUGGCUUACUUUGUAAAGUACUUACUCUGCAACAAAGAAGAGGGCAUGAGCUCUGUCUCCAACACUCAUGUAAAAACAGUCCUACGCCAAUUCCAAUUCCUCUCCCUCCUGACCUCCUAUGUUCAUAUUGGGAUUGAUGGAGCCCCAUUCACCUGGUGGAUUGGGAGAUCCAAUGAAAAGCAUCCUUACUGGGGAGGUUCUGUUCCUGGGAUCCAGCAGUGUGGAUGUGGCCUAGAGGAGAGCUGCCUGGACAUUCGACACUUCUGCAAUUGUGAUGCAGACACAGAGGAAUGGACAAAGGAUACAGGUUUUCUUUCCUUCAAAGAUCACCUGCCUGUAACUAAGAUAAUUAUCACUGAUACCAACAGAUCAAACUCAGAAGCUGCUUGGCGAAUUGGCCCCUUGCGUUGCUAUGGUGACCGACACUACUGGAAUGCUGUCUCAUUUUCUACGGAAGCGUCCUACCUCCACUUUCCUACCUUCCAUGCGGAAUUCAGCGCUGACAUUUCCUUCUUUUUCAAAACCACCGCUUUAUCUGGAGUCUUCCUAGAGAACCUUGGCAUUAAAGACUUCAUCCGACUUGAAAUGAGUUCUCCUUCUGAGGUCACAUUCGCUAUUGAUGUUGGUAACGGCCCUGUUGAGCUUCUCGUCCAAUCUCUUUCUCCUCUGAAUGACAACCAAUGGCAUUAUAUCCGGGCUGAGAGAAACCUCAAGGAGACGUCCCUGCAGGUGGACAACCUUCCACAGAGCACGCGUGAUACUUCAGAGGAAGGCCAUUUCCGACUUCAGCUGAAUAGCCAGUUGUUUGUAGGAGGGACAUCAUCAAGACAGAAAGGGUUUCUUGGAUGCAUCCGCUCUUUACACUUGAAUGGGCAGAAAGUGGACCUGGAAGAGAGGGCCAAGGUCACCUCUGGAGUUCGACCUGGCUGCCCAGGUCACUGCAGCAGCUACGGAAGCAACUGCCACAACGGGGGCAAGUGUGUGGAAAAGCACAGUGGCUACUCCUGCGACUGUACCAACUCACCAUUUGAAGGACCUUUCUGUCAGAAAGAGAUUUCAGCUCUUUUUGAUUCUGGCAGCUCUGUUACAUACAUGUUUCAAGAACCAUACCCAGUGACGAAGAACACAAGCCUCUCGUCAUCAGCCAUCUACACAGAUACAGCUCCAUCCAAGGAAACCAUUGCAUUGAGUUUUGUGACAGCACACGCCCCCAGCCUCUUGCUCUUCCUCAAUUCUUCUUCUCAGGAUUUUCUAGCCAUCAUGCUCUGCAAGAAUGGAAGUUUACAAGUUCGCUAUCAGCUAAGCAAGGAAGAAAGUCAUGUGUUCACCAUCAGCACAGAGAACUUGGCCAACAGAAGGGUGCAUCAGGUGAAGAUUAGCCGAGAGGGGCCAGAGCUUUCCAUUCAGAUGGACCAGCAACUCUUCAGCUAUAACUUCUCCCCAGAAGUCGAGUUCAGGACCGCAAGAUCACUUAUCCUAGGCAAAGUCUCAGGUCUGUUUUUCUGUCCUAUAUUUUCAAUGUAUGUCGUUAACAUUAUUGAGUUAGUAGUCUCUGUUGGUGUGGUCAGUGACUCGCAGCUGCAGACAUUGCCGCCAUCUGUAGUCUUGACACAGGUUUUGAAACAGGAUGUACUAAGUCACCCGUGUGGCAAUGAAACUCUUGGGUUGGAUCCAGAACUUGCUAGAGCAAACACCUUAGGUUUUGUUGGAUGCCUUUCUUCAGUUCAAUACAACCACAUAGCACCAUUGAAAGCAGCUCUCCGCCAUGCCAACAUCGCACCCGUGACAGUCCAGGGGACCUUAACAGAAUCCAGCUGUGGCUCCAUGGUGGACUCUGAUAUGAAUGCAGUGACCACUGUGCAUUCUUCAUCAGAUCCCUUUGGAAAGACAGAUGAACGUGAACCCCUCACAAAUGCAGUCCGAAGUGACUCUGCCGUCAUUGGAGGUGUCAUAGCCGUGGUGACAUUUAUCACCUUUUGUGUCAUUGGCAUCAUGACCCGCUUCCUCUAUCAACAUAAACAGUCACACCGCACCAAUCAGAUGAAGGAGAAGGAAUACCCAGAGAACUUGGACAGUUCCUUUAGAAAUGACAUUGACUUGCAAAACACAGCCAGCGAGUGCAAACGUGAAUAUUUCAUCUGAGAUGCCACAGGGUCAUUUGUUCCUCCUUUUUUUUUUUUUUUUUUUUUUUUUUUUUUGUGGGGUUUUCCCUCUCUUUUUCUCUUCUCUUUCCUGUCUUUUAGUUUAGGUAUCCUCUUUAUCUC